AAAUGUAAAUUGUAAAUGCAAAUUAACAAAGCAGACCUAAAAUAUGUGCCUCACAGUGGCAGUGUCUUUUGUACUUUAAAAUUAAGGCAACAUUGUUAAGUCUGUAUGCCGUGAAGGAUCGUAUUUUUAUUCAAAUUCUACUUUCCGUGACAUUUUUUUUUUGUUUCAAGUUGGAGUUAUCCAAAUUACGAGUGUUUUGAAUGCAUCAUAUUCGAAUUUACAAAGCGCACUCGGGAGCAGAAAGUGCGGGAGCCGUGAGGUCUAUCCAGGAGAGGACGCAACGGGGAGGCAGCGCAGUGUGUGAACGUGAGUGAGAGGGCGCGCCGCUGUGAAGCCAGAAGAGAAAAGAAAUCUGGUGGUGGCAGAAACGAUUGAACUCAUUAAAGAGUAUCAUUCUGCUGCUGAGCUGCACAAAUUGCUAAACAACAAAUAGGCAAUGUUUUACAUUGUUGAAUUUGUAGAGACCCAAGAAGUCGAGGUGGUGCCAGCAGCUUGGGUGGCUGAUGACAUUUGUCAGUGGCCCUCUUACUACAACCCUGAAGAUUUGGUAAAGGCUGUAAAAAAUGCAGAACAGCCGGAAUCAUCUUGGGAAGAGUUCAGAGUUAGGAUUUUAUAUAAAGCAGCAAAAUACACAACUGCCCGCCUCAAACUUCCCCAGGCAGAAACCCACACCGACCUACAGACAGCAGAAGAAGAUGAUGACAUACCACAGAGAAAGCGAAAAAGACUACCAAACAUGCGCUUUCAAAGCGACAGUGACAGCGACUCACCUGCACCAAAAUCAUCACUUCCUGCAGCCCCCAAAAUUCAACGGCCAGACUUCAGUGUAACACAGAGAAGGGCCCCUAGCCCCCAACGACCUGCAUCAGUGGCAAGACCACUGCCCAAUGCUAGCCCACAACAACCAGGGACCAGUCGGGGCAAUGAACUGUCAGCUGCAGGUGCUUCAAACCUUGCUCCUCUUCUUUGUAGGCUCCUGACAAACCAAGAGCUUAUCAUGGAGCAGAUCAAAAUUAUUACCCUGACCCUGAACAAGAUCCAUGGACAACCUGUUGGUGGGCAGGAGGUCCUUGAAAAAGAUGUCCUCCCAGUUAAGGAUAUCAGCUCUUUACUGGCUUUGGAGAAGCGGGUCAGGGAGGAGGCGGACUUUAAACAGAAAAUGACUGCUGCUUUGAGUGUCAUCGGUGGAGUUGAUAUCAAGGACACAGUGUGGCGGAUUAUGAAAAAUCUAUUCACCAACUCCCUGGCCAAACAACUUAACUGGCGUGGCGUGAAUGGGAAAACGGCAUUCCACAGCCUCCAGUUAAAAGAUGUAAUCACUGGAACAGUCAGAAACAAUCAGUUAACAGCCACUGCAACAGACCAGGAGGUGGAGGCUUAUAUAAAAAGGUGGCUUCAUCUCGCCGGAGACAGGGAUGGUGGAAGGAGAAAGAGAGAGGAGAAAAGGCGUUCCACACAGCUCGCAGGGCCAGAUGAAGAUGAAACAAUGUUGGGGCCAUGACUUUUUUGGAGUGAGCGUUGGAGGUCAACAGCAGUGUUCUGCAUUUUGACUGAAUAUUCAUGUUCAUCUAAAUGCUUGUUUUGUUUUGCCUGUUUUGUGACAUGAGUAAAAAAGAAUAAAAAAGAAUCUCUA